AAAGAUGUAAUAAAAAAUGGAUAAAAUUUGCUACUUUGGACGAGAUUCGAGAUUUAUGUCAAAAUAUACUCAAUUGAAGGUAGUAAAAGUAAACAUCAUUUAAUGCUGCUAUUUAUACAAACCCAAAUACACUACUUCACUAGAUACUCGCAGCCACUAUCACAUCAAUCGCUGAGUGCUACUCGUUCAAUUCUGGUUGCUAAAUCAAAAUAUUCAGUUAUGUUAACGUAUUGAAAGAUAUUACAAUGACAGUGUUAACCAAUUUAAAACCUAAACCUUUUCCCCAUGAUAAUGUCAACAUUUUCUCCAAGAUUUUCAUUCUCUGGAUUUAUCCUCUUUUCAAGACUGGAUUCAAGAAAAAGGAUUUAGACUUUCAAGAUAUCUAUCAAGUCAGUGUUCAUGAUCAUUCAGACCAGUUGAGAGAUAAACUAAAAAGAGAAUGGCUGAAAGAGUUAAAGAAAAAAAAACCAAGUUUGGCUAAAGCAAUAUUGAGAUCUUUUGGUCCACAAUACAUUAUUUCGUCUCUUGUCAUUACUGGUUAUGAGCAACUCAUACUUAAAAUAUCUCAACCUUUUCUACUCGGAGCCAUUUUGGACUAUUUCGCUGGUAUUGCCUUUACUGAGGGAUAUGACAUCUAUUAUAUUGCUGCAGCCUUUUGCUUGUGUUCCAUGUUGUUUUUAAUCAGUCACCAUGCCUGGUUGCUGUUCAUUCUUCGACUCGGGAUGAGAGUAAGAAUAGCUGUUCAAAGCUUACUCAUGGAGAAGACAUUCGUACUCAGUAAAUCAGCUUUACACAACAAUAAAGUGGGAAACAUUAUAAACUUGAUGUCAAAUGAUGUAACCAAAUUUGAUGAGUGUGCCAUGUAUGCUCAUUCUGUUUUCAUGGCUCCCCUUGAAGCCCUCGUCAUUUCAAUUAUACUCUUCUAUAGUCUUGGUUAUCCAUAUGUCAUUGGUCUCAUUUUAUUGAUAUCCUUUGUACCAUUACAAGCAUAUAUCGGCAAGUCCUUUGGUGCUGUUAGACGAGUCACUGCUAGAUGGACUGACCAAAGAAUCAAGUUAAUGGGAGAAAUUAUUGGAGGAAUGAAGGUUAUCAAACUGUAUGCUUGGGAAAAGCCUUUUGCUGAUAUGGUUGCCAAAAUACGAAAAUCCGAAAUUAUGCAAAUUCGUAAAUCAUUCAUACUGAGGGCAAUUAAUUUCACACUGAUGUUUGUAACAACAAAAACUAUCCUUUUUGCUGUUUUUAUAACUUAUGUGUUAACUGGACACAAUUUAACCGCUAAAAACGUUUUCGUAACUCAAGCCUUUUUCAAUUCACUCCGACUCUCAUUGACUAACCUAUUUCCUCAAGGCGUUUCAAAUAUAUCGGAAGCACUGGUGUCAUGUAGACGUCUAACUGACUUCUUGUUGCUUGAAGAGAAAAAAGCAUUGGAUUUAACCUCCAACAGUGCACAAAGAUCUUUUAGUAUUAAAGAUAGAAAUAAGAAGUACCUUAAAUUGAGUAAUUUAGUCGCAACAUGGGACUCAAGUGAUGAAGAACCUACUCUCGAUGGAAUUUCGAUGAACGUACAAAGUGGAGAAUUGGCUUUAGUAGUUGGUUCUGUUGGCACAGGAAAAUCAUCUUUACUUCUGGCAAUUAUGAAAGAGAUAAUAAUCAAAAGUGGGUCUAUCGAUGUAAACGGCACAUUAUCAUAUGCAUCACAAGAAUCAUGGACUUGGAAUGCCUCUAUUCGUGAUAAUAUUACUUUUGGCCAAGAAUUUGAUGAAAAAAGAUACAAAAAAGUUCUUGAAGUUACAGCUCUUCAACGUGAUGUUGAUAUACUACCAUAUGGUGAUAAAACGCUGGUCGGUGAAAGAGGAGUGGGUUUGAGUGGAGGUCAACGAGCAAGAGUCAAUCUCGCAAGAUCUAUUUAUCGAGAUGCUGAUAUCUACUUAUUCGAUGAUCCCUUGAGUGCCGUCGAUGCCAGUGUAGCAGCAACAAUCUUCCAAAAGUGUUUCAAAGAAUUUCUCAAAGAGAAGGUCGUAAUUUUAGUUACACACCAAAUACAAUUUUUAAGAAAUGCUGAUAAAGUUUUAUUUAUAUCAGAAGAUAAAUCAAUAUUUUACGACAAUAUAUCAGAUCUUGAUCAAGGGCCUAUGGAUCUUGGUUUAGCACUGAGUCAAAACUUACCAGGAAAAGGUGCUUCAGCUAAACCAGUGCAAGAAAGAAAGAAACUUGAAAGAUCUGAUUCGUCUGUUUCAACAGUGUCAGUAGCAUCAGAAAUUGCAGAUUCAUUUGAUGAUCAAGUUAUUCUUGAUGAACCUCGAAUUGCUGAAGAAACAAAAAAAUCUGGUGGAGUUGAUUCUUGGGUCUAUUGGGCAUACAUUAAAGCUGGAGCUAAUAGUAUUCUAAUCAUUACUUGCGUGAUUUUAAACUUUCUUUCACAAAUUCUGUUCAAUGGAACUGAUCUUUGGUUAUCUAAAUGGACAAACGAGGUUCAAUUUCAAACAAUAAUCACUGAUGGAACCAUAAAUGAAUAUUCAAAUAACACAAAUCAAACAACCACCGAUAGUAAUCAAAAUAUAGACAUAUCUUUCAACUCGAUUAUUUAUUCGGCUUUCAUUGUUUCUCUUCUCAUAACUACUUUGGCUCGUUCACUGAUCUUCUUCUACAUGUGCAAUCGAUCAUCAAUCAAUUUGCACAAUUCAAUCUUCUUUAGAGUCUUACGAUCUCCGAUGGCUUUAUUCGAAAGUCAACCGAUUGGUCGAAUAUUGAAUCGUUUUUCUCGAGAUCUGGGAAUUAUUGACGAGCUUCUUCCUCUCAAUGCUUAUACGUUGUUAAUGACAUCAUUCCAAGUGGCAGGAAUUUUAAUAACUGUUGGUUAUGUUUCAUGGUACCUCAUCUUCCCUGCAAUCAUACUUUUAAUACUCGCAUGUACAUGGCGAACUAUUUAUAUCCCUACUGGACAAGCGAUUAAACGACUUGAAGGAGUCACUCGUAGUCCAGUUUAUUCUCACAUCUCAACUACAAUUGACGGUUUACCAACAAUUCGAGCUUUUGGAACGGAAGGAAUGUUCACUGAUCAAUUUCGAGUGAUUUUGAACAAUCAUUCAGCAACUUGGUUCCUUUUUCUUUGUGCCUCUCGAACUCUUGGCAUGUUAAUUGAUUGGACAUGUGUUUUUUAUACGACAAUAACAACUUUUGCGCUCAUCGCUUCAGCGAACUUGAUUCCUGCUGGCGAUGCUGGUAUGGCUUUAUCCAAUGCCUUUGGGUUGAUGGGAUUAAUGCAAUAUUUCAUCCGACAGUCAACUGAGUUUGAAAGUCAAAUGACCUCAGUCGAACGUAUUGUUGAAUACACAACUUUACCUUUGGAAGCUGAAUUAGAAACUGAAAAGAGGCCACCACCAGAAUGGCCAACUAAGGGAUUAAUCAAAUUUGACCAUUUAACUCUUCAAUAUCCAACAGCGCCUAAACCCACACUUGAAAAUAUAACAAUAACCAUUCACUCUGGUGAGAAAAUUGGUGUUGUUGGAAGAACUGGAGCUGGAAAAAGUUCACUUUUAUCAUGUCUAUUCCGAAUUGUUGAAUUCGAUGGUUCCCUUGAAAUCGAUGGAAUUAAUAUUCAAGAAAUUGGUCUUCAUGAUUUAAGGAGAAAAGUAUCGAUCAUUCCUCAAGAACCAAUUUUAUUUGCUGGAACUGUUCGAACCAACUUAGACCCAUUUACUGAACAUAAAGAUGCUGAAUUGUGGGAAGCUCUUGAUGAUGUUCAACUAAAGGAAACUGUUUUGGAGUUACAUGAUCAUCUUGAUCAUGAGAUUCUGGAAGGUGGAUCAAACUUUUCUGUUGGACAGAGACAACUGAUUUGUCUGGCACGAGCUUUACUUCGUAAUAAUAAGGUUUUAGUUAUUGAUGAAGCAACAGCAAAUGUAGAUCACAAAACAGAUUCACUUAUUCAGAAUACAAUUCGAACUAAAUUUUCUCAUUGUACUGUGUUGACGAUUGCUCAUCGACUGAACACAAUUAUCGACUCUAGUCGUGUUCUUGUUCUUGAUGCUGGUAAAGUCGAAGAAUUUGAAGUUCCAUAUAAUCUGCUUCAGAGAAAAACUUCUCUUUUCUCUAAACUUGUAGCUCAAACUGGUAAAUCUAUGAGUGCAAGGCUGUACAAAAUGGCAGCGGAGGCUUACUCUGGAAAUGUAUUGAGUGAACAUCACGAAGAGAAUCAUAAUGAAAAUGAUGAAAAUGAUGAAAAUAACUGAUAGUUUCUGAAUUCGUAAAUUCGUAGUUCUUUAGUUAUUUUCUCAUUUCAAUUAAUUAACGAUCACAACAUAAAAUCAAGUCAACCAAAAAAUCAUUGAGUAGCCAUUGCAUAUACCAUAGAUUGUAGAUAGAUCAAUUGAAAUAAUAAACGUAUUUAUUCAAUCAAA